AUGGAUAAUUAAACAUAAAUUCAAUAAUAAUUUAUCAUCAGAAAACUAGAAAUAGAAGAUUAUCAAAAAGAAUUUCUAAUAUGUUUAUCCUAUUUAACUAAGACACCAGAACUGCCAUUAGAAAAAUUUAAGGAAAUUCAUGAGAAUUAUCCAGGGUUUGUCUAUGUAGUUGAGGAUGUUUAACAAAAAAGGAUAGCGUCAACAAUGAGUUUAGUUAUUGAAUAGAAUAUUUUUGAGACAAAAUAUUUUAUAGAGAAUGUAGUUUCUCAUCCAGAUUAUAGAGGAAAAGGAUUUGUUAGGAGUUUGUUAGAGAAAAUAAAAUAAGAUGUGAUUAGUCUUGAAAAGAAUAGAAAUGAGGGAAAUGAAAAUGUAAAUAAAGAAAUAUCAAUUGAAUUGUAUUGUAAAAAAGAAACAAAAGGUUUAUAUGAAAAAUUGGGAUUUUAAGAAAAUGGGUUUAUGGCAUCUAAAUAUGUUUGA